AUGGCUUCCGCCGUCGCUUGUAAGGGUGCCGCGCCAGCCAGCCUCCUCAAGUCCGGUGCUCCUGUGGCCUUCUGCGCGCUCCAUUCUCCCGCCGACCGCCGCCCGUACAACACCCAGGUCAAGGAGGUCGGCCGCUACGACGACGACGACUACAGCGGCCGCGACCUCGUCAUCCCCAGCUUCUUCUCGCAGGACGUGCUCGACCCGCACAGCGCGCCGACCAGCAUGGCCCGUCUGCUGUCUCUGAUGGAGACCGGACUCUCCUCCAUUGCUGGAGCGUCGCGGCUCGGACGGUGGGUGGCGAAGGAGGACGACAACGCCGGGGCUGACGCUACGCGGCCAUUGUUGAUCAGUCAGACCAGCUCACUCCCAGCCCCAGCUGAAUCUGCCGUUGCUGACAUCCACCCAUGCCUAACAUCAGGCUUGCAAGAUACGGAAAGCUCCGACGACAUCAGAGGCUGCUGCGACAAGGCUCUGCAGAUCCUGUGCGCGCACUACGGGUGGGAUGUAAGGCUCGAAUUCUGUUCACUGAACAUCCUGAUGAUCAAGGGCGAGGGCGAGAAGCAGCCCUGGGACGGCGACGACGACUCCGCGGUGCCGAGGUACAACCGCCGCAUGGAGAUGCCUGCUGACGUGUACAAGAUAAACAAGAUCAAGGCCGAGAUGAAGAAUGGCAUCCUCUGGGUGACCCUGCUCAAGGUGGAGGAGGAGGAGCGCAAGAGCGUCUUCCACGUGAAGGUCGAGUAGAGAGGCGAGUCAAGUAGUCCUUAGUGGUAGUGCUCAUGGAAGAUGGCCAGUGCGAGAGUAUGAGAGACGCCUUGUUGAUUUGGUGAUGUUUGGUGUCUUUCUUUCUUCGUUUUGCUUCGUUGAUCGUCUUGGAUCGUGGUCUGGUGGUGAAGUUGGUUGGGAACUCUGUUAAUUUCCUCAAGUUUGGCGUAUGAUGAAACUUACUUUGGUGGUGAAAUUGGUCAUGAAACUAUGUUGAUUUCCUCAAGUUUGGCAUAUGGUGAACCGAUUUGGUGGUGAAUUUGGUGGUGAAACCUUGUUGAUCUCCUAAGUUUUGCGUGCUGCACUAAUUUAGUGGUGAAAUUGAUCAUGGACUUUGUUGAUUGUCUGAAGUUUGGCUUGAUUAACUACUUUAAUGGUGAGAUUGGUCUUUCAAAUAUGUUGAUCUUCUCAAGUUUGACGUUAUGAAAUGAUUUGU